CACAUUAACUAUCAAUCGCAGCCUAUCCAUUGAACUUAGUACAUAGUGCAGAACAUAGCUACAUUUUCAACAAGCCUUACUAGCCAAGGAACCAUUAUCAAUUCCAGGUCUCACAAACUUAAUUGGCCGUCACACCGUGUGGAGGAGUCCUCUUUGCAGAAUGAGCAGCAUGUCUCAGGAGAUCUUGGCCUUUUUAUUUAGCACUUCGGGAUGGGUGCUGGUGUCUUCCACCUUGCCGAUGGAAUACUGGGAGGUAUCUUCAAAUGAUGGAUCAGUCAUCACCACAGCUACAUUCUAUUCCAAUCUUUGGAAGACCUGCGUCAUUGAUUCAACUGGAGUGUCUAACUGCAAAGACUUUCCCUCGUUGCUGGCACUGAAUGGCUACAUCCAAGCAUGCAGGGGAUUGAUGAUUGCAGCCGUCUGUCUGGGUUUUUUUGGUUCUAUAUUUGCCCUUGUUGGAAUGAAAUGCACCAAACUUGGAGGAACUGACAAAAACAAAGCCAGUAUUGCUUGCUUUGCAGGUGUAAUUUUCCUUCUUAGUGGCCUCUGCUCACUUUCAUCAUGCUCCCUCUAUGCACACCGGAUAACAACAGAGUUUUUUGACCCAAUGUUUUAUGACCAGAAGUAUGAACUGGGAGCUGCGCUUUUUAUCGGCUGGGCAGGUUCUAUCCUCUGUAUCCUCGGAGGCAGCGUGCUCUGCUUCUCCAUUACAGGUUCUUUUACCAAAAGCCACAGUCGAGCAAACUAUAUCUACAAAGGUGCUGUCUCACAUUCUCAUAUCUCCUCCCGCCCAAGAGGGCAGGCACAGUCUGUAAACCAGAGGCCACCUCCUGACUGCAGCAACUCCUCCAGGAUUCAGCACUUUGAUAAGAAUGUGUAUGUGUGAGGUAUAUGAAUAUAAAACACUUUUAGUCAAAGCCACUGGUGAGUCUUAAAAGAUACAGUACACUGUAUGAAAGUUGGUGGUUUUGUCUAACAGUAGCAGAAUUUCCUGAUUUUAAUGUGUGGCUCACCAAGAAUUAAGUUUGGAAUAUUUGAAUGUUUUUCUAUUUAAAAGGUCUGAAUUUAAAGUUGUGUGAUGCAGUUUACUCUCUAAUGUAGGGGGAUUUUUAUUUUCUAUAAAGCAGACAACUUCUGUAUUUGGCAGUUCUACAUAUUACUGUGCACUGAAUGCUCAGAUUAUGUAUGUAUUAUGAUUAAACAGCUCAAUCAAAAACAUAAUUCUUCCGAAAUGGGCCUUUCUGAUGUAAUUUUUACAUAAGUUUCCAUUUUUUUUUUAUGUAUGUGGCAAUUAAGUGUGUAAUAUUUUGUAAGACAUUUCCUUUGUUGAUUGAAUCUUUAAAGCGCCCAUAUUAUGCUCAUUUUCAGGUUCAUAACUGUAUUUUAAGGUUGUACCAGAAUAGGU